ACCGAAGUGGUCCACGAUCGUCUUCUUCUUCCUCUCGCGAGAACUUGGGUUACAGCUUAGUAUAAAUUCUCAUCUGGAUGAAUAAUGCGCACUCCACUUCUAGCCACUCUUUCAGACGCAGCGAGCAAAAAGCGAGGUUGAAGAUGUCUGCAGGAAAAGCACAAAUUGGAAAACUGGCCCCUGAUUUCAUAGCCAAAGCAGUAAUGCCAGACAUGGACUUUAAGGACAUCAAGCUGUCUGAUUACAGAGGAAAAUAUGUGGUGUUUUUCUUUUAUCCACUGGAUUUCACCUUUGUGUGUCCAACUGAAAUCAUUGCCUUCAGUGACGCUGCAGAUGAAUUCAGGAAGAUUGACUGUGAAGUCAUUGCUGCUUCCACGGACUCACACUUCUCACACUUUGCAUGGUGCAACACACCACGAAAGCAGGGUGGUCUGGGUGCAAUGAAGAUCCCCCUAGUAUCUGACACACGGCGUACAAUUUCCACAGAUUAUGGCGUUCUGAAGGAGGAUGAGGGCAUUGCUUACAGGUUCUGCACUUCUGCUUACAUUACUUACAUUGAGUUACUUUGUCAUUAUAAUUCUGCCUGGGAGCUAAUUGUGUUCUAUGUGUGUUUUAGGGGACUUUUCAUUAUUGACACCAAGGGUAUUCUAAGGCAGAUCACUAUAAAUGACAUCCCAGUUGGUCGUUCUGUUGAUGAAACCCUGCGCCUGGUCCAAGCAUUUCAGUUCACCGACAAAUAUGGAGAAGUCUGCCCUGCCGGCUGGAAACCAGGAAGUGACACCAUCAAACCAGACAUCCAAAAGAGUAAAGACUUUUUCUCCAAGCAGUAAUAAGCCCAAGGUCAGGAUCUGCUGCCUGCUGUAACAUCAUUUCAAUAUUCAUGUUUGUUGCAGUAAUGUAUUUUUGUCUAGAGAAAAUUACUUCUUUAAACGUCUAAUGUAAUGUUUUAUAUGUUUUGUAUUGUUUAAAGUUAGACCACAAGACACCCAGGUUGCUAUCGUAAUAAAUUGUAUUAUUUAUUAUUGUUCAACUUUUUUAAAAUUUCAUUUUACAAAACACUUGGAAUAAAAAGGAAAAUGUAAACCUUUAGUAAUGUUUUUAGUGAAAAGUUUAUGUGCGGGGAUUGUGGAAAUAAGAAAGGCUUUUAAAUGUUGAUAGAAGCUAACAACUAAAUAAAUGUUUAUGCAGACAAUCA